AUGAAGAUAUUUUUCUUGCUACAUUGGCUUGGGGUAUUUCAGUUCUAUCCUGGAUUCACCCAGGCUGAGCACCCCCAAUAUCACAGCCCCCCAGAGGUAGUGAUUCCUUUGAAGGUAACUGGCACUACUAAAGGAUUGAAGCAUGCAGGUUGGCUCUCUUAUAGCCUGCAUUUUGGGAGCCAGAGACACAUUAUCCAUAUCAAGGCCAAGAAACACUUGCUGUCCAAACACCUACCAGUGUUCACCUACACAGCCCAAGGUUCUCUAUUUGAGGAUCAACCUUUUAUCCAGAAUGACUGCUAUUAUCAUGGUUAUGUGGAGGGGGACCCAGAAUCCCUGGUUUCCCUCAGUGCUUGUUCUGGAGGCUUUCAAGGAAUGUUACAGAUAAACAACAUUGCUUAUGAAAUCAUGCCCAAGGAGUUUUCUACCUCAUUUGAACAUCUGGUUUAUAAAAUGGACAAUGAGGAGACAGAAUUCCUAACAAGAAGAUCUGGCUUUAUGCAAGAUGAAAUAGCAUGCAAACUAGACUUUCAAGAGAUUGAUAAUUUCACUGUGAAGCAGAAUUCUUAUGUGAGAUGGUGGACUGAUGUGUGGUAUGUUAGAUUAGCAGUGGUAGUGGAUCAUACCUUAUACCUUCAUUUUCAAAGUAAUAUAUCCAAGAUACAGGAGCAAAUAUUUAUUACUACAAAUGUAGUGGAUUCCAUUUAUGAUGAUAUAGAUGUUAAUGUAUUAUUACUUGGUAUUGAGGUCUGGACUGAAGUAAACUAUAUUGUAGUAGAUGACAUACAGAAAUCUCUGUCAGCAUUUAGUCAAUGGAAGGCAAAAAGCCUUUCUCCUCAUCUAUCACAUGAUGCUGUGCAUCUUUACAUAAAUUCAAGAUUAGGUGGACAACCUGGUAAAGCCUACAUGCAUGGUAUAUGUACAAAGAGAUACAACUGUAUAAUUGCUACUCACCUAAACAAAUCCUUGAAUGAGUUUGCAAUCAAUGCAGCCCAUGAGCUAGGUCAUCUUUUAGGUAUGUUUCAUGAUGCUGAUAUAUGUGAAUGUGGGCAAAAGUCAUGUAUAAUGGGUCAGGAUAAGGAUUUUGCAACAAAGUUCAGCAACUGCAGUUAUUCUGAGUUUUGGAAAAUGACUGUACAAAACCAAAACUGUGCACGCAACUAUGUUCAGACAAAAGAUAUGUCGAAGCGCUGUGGGAAUGGAAUUGUUGAAGAAGAGGAGGAGUGUGACUGUGGACCUUUACAAUAUUGUGCAAAAGAUGCCUGCUGUCUCUCAAACUGUACUCUGAGUAAGGGGUCUACUUGUGCUUUUGGACUUUGUUGCAAAGACUGCAUGUUCUUGCCUGCAGGUGAAGUGUGUAGAAAACAGGUCAAUGAAUGUGAUCUUCCAGAGUGGUGCAAUGGGACAUCCCAUAAAUGUCCAGAGGAUGUACAUAUGCAAGACGGAAAUCUCUGUAACGACAGGGCCUACUGUCAUGAUAAAAGAUGCAAUGACCGCAAUAAACAGUGCAAGGAUAUUUUUGGCCACACAGCAACGAAUGCAAAUUUGAAUUGUUAUGAGAAAAUGAAUACUCGAGGUGACCGCUUUGGUCACUGUGGCACGCAUCGAUCUACAUACAUAAAAUGUAACAUUCCAGACAUCCUGUGUGGGAGACUUCAGUGUGAGAAUGUGACUCUAAUUCCCUCUUUGGGAGACCAUUCUAGUGUGCACAGUACUCAGUUCAAUGGCAUCACCUGCUGGGGAACUGACUUCCAUUUGGGGAUGUCCAUACCUGAUAUUGGUGAAGUGAAAGAUGGCACAGAAUGUGGUCCAGAACGUAUCUGCUUGCAUAGAAAGUGUGUCCCUAUGUCUCAUUUAAAAAGUGAUUGUUCGGUUAAGACCUGUAACAUGAGGGGUAUCUGCAAUAGUAAACAUCAUUGCCAUUGCAAUGAUAACUGGGCCCCACCUGACUGCAAGGAAGAGGGUAGUGGAGGCAGUGUUGAUAGUGGCCCACCCCCUAAGAGAUAG